AAGUCAGCGUAGACUGAUAAUUAGUCGAGGAGGACGAAUCGAGGAACCCAAUUAAAGUGCCCUAUUUGAGUACUCGGUUCUGCUGGUGCGUUCGAGAAAGGGCUCGAUCCAACGAGGAGCUUCGCUCAAUCCGGCUGCCACCGUGCUCCGGCUCCCAGAUCCAGCCGCGGCCAUGCUUCACGGCGCCCGAUCUCCUCCUCCCUUCUUUGUCACCACCCUUCUCCUCCUCCUCCUUUCCUCGUCGGCUUUUGCCUCCGAGUCGGACCACAAGUACCAAGCUGGUGAUCUGGUCACACUUUGGGUAAAUAAAGUUGGUCCCUACAAUAACCCUCAAGAGACAUACAACUAUUACAGCCUUCCAUUCUGUCGGCCAUCUGAGAACCCUGCACACAAGUGGGGUGGGCUUGGAGAGGUCCUAGGUGGAAAUGAACUGAUUGACAGCCAAAUCCAGAUAAAGUUUAACGGAAAUGUUGAAAAGGGUUCCAUUUGCACAAUUGAUCUUGAUGCCACAAAAGUAAAGCAAUUUACUGAUGCUAUAGAAAACUCAUAUUGGUUUGAAUUAUUCAUAGAUGACUUGCCUCUUUGGGGCUUUGUUGGGGAGACUGACAAGAAUAACAAAGAUAAAAAAUACAUUUUCACACAUAAAAGUAUCCUUAUCCAAUAUAACAAGGAUCAGAUUAUUCAUGUGAAUCUUACUCAAGAAAAUCGUAAACUUUUGGAAGUGGGGAAAAAACUGGAUAUGACAUAUUCAGUAAAAUGGGAGACCACCAAUGUGACAUUUGCCCGUCGUUUUGAAGUUUACUUGGAUUACCCCUUCUUUGAACACCAGAUUCACUGGUUCUCUAUAUUCAAUUCUUUCAUGAUGGUCAUUUUCCUUACUGGACUGGUUUCUAUGAUAUUAAUGAGAACACUCAGGAAUGAUUAUGCCAAAUAUGCUCGGGAAGAUGAUGACCUUGAAACUCUGGAGAGAGAUGUAAGUGAAGAAUCUGGAUGGAAACUCAUUCAUGGGGAUGUCUUUCGAUCUCCUCGCAGUUUGGUUCUUCUUUCUGCUCUUGUUGGUACAGGUGCCCAAUUGGCAACACUUGUUCUUUUGGUGAUAUUGUUGGCAAUUGUUGGAACAUUAUACAUUGGGCGAGGAUCAAUCAUUACAACUUUCAUUGUCUGCUAUGCACUCACCUCUUUCAUUUCGGGCUAUGUUAGUGGUGGGCUUUACUCGCGUAAUGGUGGUAAAAGUUGGAUAAAGGCAAUGAUUGUGACAGCAUCACUGUUUCCAUUUUUGUGUUUCGGGAUUGGUUUCAUACUCAACACAAUUGCUAUAUUUUAUGGAUCAUUAGCAGCUAUUCCGUUUGGGACAAUGGUGGUUGUCUUCAUACUAUGGGCUUUCAUCUCUUUUCCCCUUGCACUUCUAGGCACUGUUGUGGGUAGGAACUGGAGUGGUUCACCAAACAAUCCAUGCCGUGUUAAGACCAUUCCUCGUCCUAUUCCUGAGAAGAAAUGGUAUCUUACCCCUUCGGUUGUCUCUUUAAUGGGAGGAUUGCUUCCAUUUGGUAGCAUUUUCAUUGAGAUGUAUUUUGUGUUCACCUCCUUCUGGAAUUACAAGGUGUAUUAUGUGUAUGGUUUUAUGCUACUGGUGUUCCUGAUCCUCGUAAUUGUCACCGUCUGUGUGACGAUAGUCGGUGCAUAUUUCUUGCUAAAUGCCGAGAACUAUCACUGGCAGUGGACUUCAUUCUUCUCUGCUGCUUCGACCGCUGUCUAUGUGUACCUCUAUUCUAUAUAUUACUACCAUGUGAAGACCAAGAUGUCAGGCUUCUUCCAGACCAGCUUUUACUUUGGCUACACGUUAAUGUUCUGUUUGGGCUUAGGAAUACUUUGCGGCGCUGUGGGGUACCUCGGCUCUACUUUGUUUGUGCGAAGGAUUUACAGAAACAUUAAAUGUGACUAGCCCCAGACGCAAAGCAAAUCGAAUGGUAUGGCAUGUGCUGGUCUACAAAUUUUUGGAACCUCAAAAUUCGUAACUUCACCCCCAGAAACAGAUUCCGAUAAGAUUUGAUGUUGCUCUCUAAGAAUCCACGGAGGAAUGCACUUCUUUCGACUUUCUUUUACUCUCGUUCGAUUUCUAUUACGGACUUGAUGAAUGUUCCCUUUUUUCAAAUUGCAUUAGUUACAUAGCCUAUGGUUGUACUUAGUUUAGCCAAAAGUUAACUUUGAUGUACUUGGACAAUCAUUAAGCGCCAGUUUCUAUAACAUUUAUAUGUAUAACAUUUAUAUUUCAAGUCACUUCUUCGAUUAGUUUUUGCCA